CUUGACUCCAUCACCCAUGCCGUCCGACUCGUCGUCGUCGUCGCCGUCCCCAAACGCCAGCGGAGGGAAAACGAAGCAGCGUCGAGUGACGCGGAGCUGCGAUGCCUGCCGAUCAAGGAAAAGCGAUGGAACGCAGGACGGGACGUGUGCGCAUUGCUCGUCGUUUGGGCUGACGUGCACAUACGCGCUGCCGGCGCAGAAACGGGGCCCCAAAGACAAGUGCGUGCCAGAGCGCCCUGUGCGCGCACCAUACUCAGGCACGCGCUCCGCAGAACACUCGAGGAACUGCGUGCCCAGGUCUCCGCGCUCGAAGCGAAACUCGAAGCCCUCUCCUCUGCGUCUAUACGGUGCCGCAAGUGCGGAUGGACGUCGUCGGAGGAUUCACCAGAGGCAGACGGGUCGUCAUCCUCCUCGGCUUCGAGCAGCGUGGGCACGCCCAAGUCUGCUCUUGACCCUGUGAGCCUAUCAGCGGAAGUCGAUGACGAUGAAGACGAGCUCGUAACCCGAUUCAGUCGGUUCUUUGUCGACAAGAUCAAGGUGCAUUGCAACUUUGGAACAGCAAGUACAUUUGCGUUGGCGAAUACUCUGUUGGUCGAGAAGGAAGACGCAACCGGCGCAACGCGGACAACCGCUCGACGACCCGAAACCUGGGACCCUUUCCCGUGGGAAGAGGGUCCGACGCCUCAGUUUACCUUUCCACCCGACAACACCAUUCUCUCGCUGAUGGAUCUGUAUUGGGAGAGAGUGCAUCCGCUGAUGCCUAUCUUACAUCGGCCGACAUUCGAGCGGUCGAUCAGAGAAAACGCACAUCGACGGGAUGUUGGAUUCGGACAGGUUUUGCUGGCGGCUUUGGCCAAUGCUUCGCGGUUCGCCGAAGAUUCCUCCGUGUUUCUCGAUGGAUGUCUUCCGCUCUCGGCAGGCCACAAGUUUAUCCACCAGACGAUGGAUAUGCACCGAACUCAUCUGGAACCAACACUGCAUUCUGCGCAGUAUUUUGCACUGAUGGCCGGAUUCGUGAAAGGUUAUUCUCGCCCGUUUAUGGCAUGGUAUUAUCUCGGCCUGGCUAUGCGGGUUCUCCAGGGACGUCAGUCACUGAAGCAAAAACGUGUGGUCGGACAGUUCGAUUAUGAAUGUGAGAUGUGGAACCGGAUGUUCUGGUGUUGCUUCACCACGGAGGCAACCAUAUGCGCGUAUGUCGGACGGAGGCCCAUCCUUCGGAUCGAAGACUAUGAUAUGGCCCCACCCCUCGAGGUGGAUGACGAAUUUUGGGGACCAGACCUCUAUCAGCCGCACAACAAGUUGGCCAUCAGUUCGUAUUUAGUGUACAACUGCAGUCUCUGCGAGAUCUUGUACAACGCCCACCAACGUCUCUAUGCAUCGAAGAAAACGCAGAUAAAGAAUGGUUGGAACACUGCCGAGGCUGAAUGUCAAUCGAUGACUGAACUGGACUCGGCGAUGAACGCUUGGUUCAGCUCUGUCCCUGCGCAUUUGCGCUGGGAUUCCGAGAUCGCGCAAUCCGAUCCAGUCUUGUUCAAUCAAUCUGCGCUGCUGUUCAUGAGCUACCAUUACGUCAUGAUGAUUAUCCAUAGACCGUAUCGAAACGCCAAUCGGAGCACCGCGGUGCCCUCGACGGAGAUCUGUCUAGGCUCUGCGCGUGCAAUACUGAAGGCUUGUGUAAAAUGGCAGCCGACGCUGAAGACCACGGCGCCCUAUGAGUUUUUGAAUCCGAUUUUCGUCGCAGCGCUCGUACUCACGAGCAAAGUGCUGAGAGGCAAAGCCGCCGGCCAUGCUCGACAGACGGAGAAGGACUCCCAGCUUGUGCAAAACGGGAUGGAUGUGCUCCAAUUUGCCGAGUCUCGCUGGGCCAUGGCCGGGCGCUUCGUGGACAUGCUGCAAGAACUAAGAGAGUUGCGGCCGCCGGAGCAGCAGCCCAUGGUGACCCUCGCUCCCGGCGUCACGAUAGAGCAGCUUCUGGGCGAGCUCCCCACGAGCGAAUAUCUGUGGCCGAGGUUUGGGGCCAAUGAAACCAACAACCUGAUGAACUUGUGGACUGCACCCAUGGAUAUCGCGUGCGUCAGCUUGGUUUUGUGUGCUCGCUUCUCUAAUGACCGGGAUUUAGAGCGAAUGGGGUUGAGCAGUGGGAUGCAUUUUUGGGCAAGAGCGAUGAAUGGAUGGCGCUUGACCCGUAUUAGGUUUUGUUAUGAAUUUCGGUAUCUGUAUUAAUAUCUGUAGCAUAUCACACCCCUCCUCGUAAUGCUUAGGCACAACACACACGAUGCAAGUAUCCUGACACUUGACAAAAAAUUGCGGCUUGGCCGAUGUGUUUUCAUCUUCAAUCGACGGUCCCCUCGCCCUGGCAACAUCGCGCGCUGCACGAGCCUCGCA